AUGGUUCCAAUGGAGUGCAAGCUGACGCAUUACGGCGGAGAAUAUCUGGGGAAAAAGAACGUGUCCAGGUCUAGGAACCCGUGCCUACCAUGGCUGAGCCGAGUUUCAAGUGACAACCAAUAUGACAAUGUUCUACCGGCCUUCUCGGAUUCCCUAGACAGUAGACACAAUUUUUGCCGCAAUCCAAAUGGAGCUGUCCCCUCACCAUGGUGUUGGACUACCACACAUGGCAACGAUCCCCAAAUGGAGGAAUGUGACAUCCCCUUUUGCUUUGAGCUCCUGCUGGAAUACCCAAGCAACUCUCCGCCGGAGUGCAAGUUGACUGUGAGUGGUGGGGAAUAUGCAGGGAGGAAGAACGAGACGAAUUGGGGGCUGCCAUGUCAAAGUUGGAACAUCUCUGGGAACAACGGUUUAAUUGAGGAGAUGAACAGAUGGGCUGCAUUCUCAGACAACGCACAAGAGAAAGAAGUCCUUCUCGUGGAAGCUGAAAAUCUAGAGUUUGCCAUAUUAGCCUUUGGGGGCGUAGGUGGGACAGGCCGACAGCAGGUGGCAGCAGGAGCAGGUGGAACGGGAUUCCCGGAUGGGUCCCACAGUCCCGAAAUGUGA